AUGGAUGAAAUUAGGAAAAAAUAUCUAUUCCAAAUGCCCCAGAAAAGAGUCUGGGGCCUUGGCCUGGGCUCCUCCACUAUUGGCUUGGGAUUCUUCUUUCUCUGUUUGGGCAUGCUUCUCCCAGGCAUUCCCUAUGCCCAGGGAUAUUAUUCUUAUUAUGAAAUAGUCAUCCCCAGGAAGUUAAUGGAAUCACUGGAAAAAGUAUCCUACUUGCUAUUAAUGAAAGGUAAGAGGCAAGUGAUUCAACUGAGUUUGAAAAGAGGAUUAUUUGUCAAGGACUUUCCUGUCUACACCUACACCAAGGAGACUUUAGACCUAGACAUGCCUUUUAUCCAGGAUGACUGCUAUUAUGAUGGCUAUGUAGAAGGGCAGCUGGGGUCCCUGGUAUCCCUCAGCACCUGCUCAGGCCUCAAAGGAGUCAUAACUAUAGAGAAAUCAGUCUAUGGCAUUGAGCCCAUUGGCACGUCAAAGGAGUUUGAACAUGUCUUGUAUCACAUGGAUGGGCAUGUGAAAGGCCAGUGUAAGGUCAGUGGAGAAGAUCACUCAAAGCUCACACCCAAUCUGCAACCAAGAAGGGAUGAGGACCACCUCUCUGAGGAAUCACAGCCUGUUCAAUUUCUCAACUACGUGUGGUCCCACACCAAGUACCUGGAGAUGUUUGUCGUGGUGGACAAUAGGAGGUUCCAAAUGUGGAAUAGCAAUGUGACCAAGACGGCCCAGAUGGUGAUGGACGCCCUUGCACACGUUAACACCUACGUCUGGAGAAUCAAGGUCAAGGUGGUCCUGAUAGGUUUGGAGAUCUGGACGGAGAAGGACCAGGUGAAGAUUUCCAAGGACUUGCAGGAAGUCCUCUACAAUUUCAACCAUUGGAGAGAACAGGUGCUGUUCAGUCGGGCAAAGCAUGAUGUUGCCCACCUCAUAGUGGGCCAUGAUCCAGGAGUGUACACGGGAGAAGCAUUUCUCAGUGGGGCCUGUGUGGCCAAGUUUGCAGCAGGGGUGGAAACCUUCUAUCAUGAAGAUGUCUCCCACUUUGCCUUGCUCAUGGUCCAUGAGCUGGGCCAUAACCUGGGCAUGGAGCAUGACCACGAGGCUUGCCUCUGUUUUGACCAUCCCUCCUGCAUCAUGCUUAGAACUAUCACCCUUGAGAACAAUUUCAGCAACUGUAGCUUAGACUAUUUCUAUGAAUUCUUGCGACAACACAAGGGAUCCUGCCUCUAUGACAAGCCGGUGCCGAGAGGAAAGCUCAGAAAGCCCUUCUGUGGCAACCAUGUAGUAGACAAAGGAGAAGAGUGUGACUGUGGCACUCAUGGUGACUGUAGGAAGGACCAGUGCUGCCUUCCCUCUUGCCAGAUGAGGAUGGAUUCAGAUUGUGCUUUUGGACCCUGCUGCAAAAAGUGCAAGUUUCUGAAGGCAGCUACACCCUGUCGUCCCAGUGUGGAUGAAUGUGACCUCCCUGAAUACUGUAAUGGUACCUCCAUGUGGUGCCAGCCAGACACCUACAAGCAAGAUGGCACCCCCUGCAGGGGCCAAGGCUAUUGCUACGAAGGGCGGUGUAGGAGUGUGGAGAGCCAGUGUGUUCAAAUUUUUGGGGAGGGCUCCAGAGCUGCCCGUAAGAGCUGUUACCAUCUCCUGAACACCCAGGGAGACAGGUUUGGGAACUGUGGCAGUGACCAGAAAGGCUUACUCAAGGUGUUUGUCAAGUGUGACCCCGAGGAUGUCAUGUGUGGGAGGCUGCUGUGUGAGGACAUCCCGAGGCUGCCCCUAACUAGGAACCACCACACUCUCAUCCAGAUCCCCCUUGAGGGCACAUGGUGCUGGGGGGUGGACCUCUUUGAGGACAUGGAUGAUGACCCUGAUGGGGGCGCUGUGAAGGCAGGCACCUCAUGUGGCCCCCAGAAGAUCUGUAUCAAUAGAACGUGUUCUGACGUGCAGGUGCUACAAUCUGACUGCAAGCCAGACAUCACGUGUCAUGGGAGAGGGGUCUGCAACAACCUCAAGCACUGUCACUGUGAUUAUGGCUAUGCCCCUCCCACGUGUGAUUCCGAGGGCUUCGGAGGCAGUGUGGACAGUGGCCCCACUCAGGAGGUCAGCAUUGCCCCUCUACCCAUCAUAGCCUCAUUCCCUGAACAAAACAAUCCUCCUACUCAAGCAGUCCACUUAAAUUUUCCUAGAGCUAUUAGAGCGGAUGUAGAAUCUGAUAUAAUAGAGGACACGUCUGAAGACCCCUUAAUCAGCUUUGGUCCCACAAUGGAACGUCCUCCUCCCAUACCUACAACAUCCCCAGCCAGGAAGAUCCCGGCCGCCCUCGUACUGAUCUCAGCCUUGAUUAUCAAUAUCCUCCUCCUCCUCGUGCUGCUUACCUUCAUUUUUGUGGUCUUUUUCUGCCAAAAGCCCCCUCAAGAGAUUUGCGAACCUCAAGAGAAGAAGCUUGAACCUUCUCCAUGA